AGAUUUGCUUAAAAAAUACGAGCAUUGUCUAAAUCCACUUGCUUUACGUUAAUGGUCGCUGGCAUUCUGAGAGCAAAUAUAUGUACAAAGGAAUUUUAUUGUUAAAGGACUAAAUAUCUGAAACACCAAAUUUCUUUUUACUACAUCUUGGCAAGGUGACUAAGCAGGAAGAUGAAGACAAAGAGACACAGUAAAAUACUUUUCACCUUCCCUGUCAUGAUCAUCUUUUCUUUGUGUUCGCAAACAAGUGCAAACCACACCAGUCAUCCUAGGGUUAUGAAUGAAACCUGGAAUCCUAUCAGCCAAAACCUAACAGAAGCCACUACAAGUUCUCCUCUGAGCAUCAGUUUCAGCAGCAAAAUGACUGCUUCUGGAAGGCAGACAACCUCCCUGCAACCCUCAUCCUCCGCAACGGCCCAAAAUUCAACAUCUCCCCCCACCAGAAGUGCUCUUUCUGCUACCGGAGGACCCAGGAAUACCAGCAAACCCAAGAGUACGACGACAAAAGAAACAUGUGAAGACAAUAAGUCUCUUAUCCUGAUUUGCUUCAUUAUAAUAGCAGUGCUUGUGCUUAUCUGCACCUUCUUAUUUCUGUCAACAGUUAUAGUAGCAAACAAAAUGUCGUAUCUCAAAAAAACUCAGCAAGGAAAACGCAGGCCCAGGAGCAACGGUGAUAUUCUGGCAACUAACAGUUUAUGGCCAACUGCAGCAGGCACGUGGCAGAGGAUGCCUAAGGAGACAACUGGGAUGGACUUGGUAAUGCAAGACUUGGUAUCAGGGAGAGAUGCUGCAAUCCAGAGGAAACCCCAAGAUGAAACUACUGAAAAACUCACUAAAGAAAUCGAUAACGAACAGGAAGACAAAGAACCAAAGUCACAAAAACCCAUUUUAACCAAUUUUGUAGUUGAGAUUUAAUUCGCAGUCAGGUAAAAAACUCAUCUGUUGCCUUUUUUACAUCAUUGACAUAAGGCCCAAACUUAGCUUUCAAGUAAACAUGAAUUUUACCACAGGAAAGCUAAAUUCAGCUUUUAGGGUUUUUCCUUUUAUGAUAGUGGGAACGCUGUAGCAACUUGUAGAUCUAGAAGGGAAUAAAACUGUGUUAAAUAGCUUUCUAUAAAUAGCGUCAAGAUUGGUUUAACUCCUUUGACCAGAAAUCAUGGCAAUAGGAGCUGAAGGGGAUAAAACAAUAGGACAGAAGUCUGCCCACUCUCAAAGAUCAAUAGGGGGGAAAAAAAAAUGAAAGGAUUGUUAGUCUAAUAAACACACCAUGCCAUAAGGCACUACACUUUUUUUUUUUUUAGAAAAAGUUGCUUUUUUAAGAAAACUAUCAUUCAGUCACAACUUUAAUGCAAUCACUGAAUCAGGAACUAGUCUGUCUCAAAACACCCUUUCAGGUUUUUCCAUCAAGAACUUCUUAAACCAGCUUAGUUGCUUUUGAACCAGAUUGAGAUUUGAAUCAUAUUUAUUGUGUUUUGACAUUGUGUAUGAAUAUAUGAAGUUUGUAUUAUACGUUAGAAUAUGAGAACUGUUUCAAUUUGUUAUCUCCAAU